AUGGAGAAACGGGAUGUUGAUUGGGUAUAUACAGAUAACAACACACGUCCAAAUGGACGAUUUCCACGGGGAACCUUUCACAAAAGAAGACCCGGCAGACGACCAUAUUACAAUUCUCAUCAUCACAUAACACAUGCCAACUACCAAAACACUCGUAAUAGCAAUAAUAGUCCAAUUGAUGAUGAAAGUAACAAUGCCAUUACUACUAACUACCCUCCGGCAUCUCAACCGAUCAACAACUACAUUAGCACCGUCAAUGGAGGCACAAAUUUGAAUCCGCAUCAUUAUGUGGAAUUUUAUCUGAAACGAAUUGACUUUGAGGAAUACUCGGAACAAUUGGAGAACGUGGACGAUUAUAAACUACUGAAAUUCCGCUAUAAGUAUAUGCAAGAGACUAUUAGUAUUUUCUUUAAUGAAGGCCGAUGUAAAAUUUUUUUACCAUUGGAUGUGCUUGAUGCUGUGAAUAAAGUUCAGAGUGAUACGAUCGUGCUGAUUUUUAAACCUGAAGCAAAAAAUAUGGCAAAAAUCUUUCCCGAUGGAGAGGAUCCGAUUCGUCAGAACCUAAACAAAGCAACACAAAUUAGAAUAGUCGCGAAUGAUACAACUCCUCAACAGCCACUUGACUUGUGUGGUUUACACAUUAAUUAUCAAUUGAAUAAGAGGAAUAAAGGAGGCCAAGGAGGGAGUCAUGUCACAAAUUGGGGUCGUAUCUCACCUUCGUUACCACCUGUGCCGGAUGAAAUGAUUAUCAAGUGUCAUGUUGGUGCAAAAGAAAGCGAAGAAAUACGUAUUUUACGAUUUCCCAUCUCAGCACUCUACGGAGACAUCAAGAAAGAUAUUCAAGAAGCAUUUGGUCUCUCCGAGAUAAAAAAAUUGAAAUAUAAAGACGAUGAAUCAGAGUUUAUAUCGAUUUGUAACAGCAAUGAUUUCGAAACAGCUUACAAACUGUAUGCACGGAAUAAAAGAUUGGAAGUAUGGGUUGUUACGGCGUAG